AUGGCUGACUCAGCACCGGCCGAUAGUCGUGGUGGUAAGAUCCCCGUGACAAAACUUGGCCGUCUAGUCAAGGAAAAUAAAAUUAGAACCAUUGAAGAAAUAUAUCUAUUUUCACUUCCCAUUAAGGAGUAUCAAAUCGUAGACCGUUUCUUCGGCACUGCAUUAAAAGAUGAGGUUAUGAAAAUUAUGCCUGUUCAAAAACAGACUCGUGCUGGUCAAAGGACUCGGUUUAAGGCUUUUGUUGUAAUUGGCGAUUCCAAUGGUCACGUAGGUCUCGGAGUUAAAUGCUCCAAGGAAGUAGCGACAGCUAUUCGCGGUGCUAUUAUUCUUGCUAAACUCUCAGUAAUUCCCGUCCGACGUGGAUAUUGGGGUUCAUCCCUUGGUGAACCACACACCGUCCCUGGCAAGGUUACCGGUAGAUGUGGUUCCGUUAUAUGCCGUCUCGUCCCUGCGCCUCGAGGAACCGGUAUUGUCGCCGCUCCCACUCCUAAAAAACUUUUACAAUUAGCAGGUAUCACUGACUGUUACACCACGUCUCGUGGUUCCACUCGUACUCUGGGUAAUUUUGUUAAGGCCACCUUCGCCGCCAUUGGCAAUACUUACGGCUUCUUGACACCCGACUUGUGGAAAGAUACCGAGUUUAAGCAGUCACCAUAUCAAGAAUUUAGCGACAUUUUGGCUAAGGCCUCCGAUAAGAGGAGGAGUUAA